CGUGACCGCGCCUCUAUAAGGCCCCGCCUCCGGGGGCGGGCUGACUGCUGCUGACGGAAACGAAGAUGGCGGCAGCCGCCUCUGAGCUGCUGACGGGAUGGUGCCUCUUCGGCCUUGCGCUGCUGGCUAUUCUGAUUUUCUCCUGGGUUUAUGUGCGCAAGUAUCAGAGUCGGCGUGAAAGUGAAGUAAUUUCUACCAUAACAGCUAUCUUUGCAUUGGCAGUUGCUCUCAUUUCAUCAGCUCUACUACCAGUGGACAUCUUCUUGGUUUCGUAUAUGAAAAAUCAGAAUGGUACAUUUAAGGACUGGGCUGAUGCUAAUGUUUCAAGACAAAUUGAAGACACUGUACUUUAUGGAUACUAUACCUUAUACUCCAUCAUAUUGUUCUGCGUCUUUCUGUGGAUACCGUUUGUCUAUUUCUAUUAUGAGGAGAAGGAAGAAGAUGAUGGCAACACAUGCUCACAGGUUAAAACUGCACUCAAAUAUACUCUGGGAUUCAUCACAGUUUGUGCAGUUCUUCUCCUAAUUGGUGCUUUUGUUCCUUUGGAUAUUCCCAACAAGAAGAAUUCGACAGAGUGGGAGAAAGUGAAGCUUCUGUUUGAAGAAUUUGGAAGCAGCCAUGGCUUGACUGCUCUUUCAUUUUCCAUUAGUUCCUUGACUGUGAUUGGAAUGCUGGCAGCUAUCACUUACACGGCUUACGGUAUGUCAGCUUUGCCUCUAAACUUGAUUAAGGGAACUACCAGCGCAGCUUAUGAACGUUUGGAGAACACUGAAGAUAUUGAAGAAGUGGAGCAACGGAUAUUACGGAUUAAGUCAAAGUGCAGAGAUGGUCGACCUCUAUCAUCAAGGGAUAGACGAGCUGUUCAACAACUAGAAGAGAGACUAAGGACGCUUCGAAGGAGAGAGAGGCAUCUGGAAACCAUUGAGAAAAGUUGGUGGUUGAAGUUCUGUGAAGCUAUCCGACCUCUGAAGAUUGUAUGGGGAGUAUUCUUCAUUAUUGUGGCACUGCUCUUCACUGUCUCCCUGUUCUUGUCAAAUUUAGACAAAGCUCUACAUUCAGCUGGCUUUGACUCUGGAUUUAUAAUUUUAGGAACAAAUUUGACCAAUCCAUUGAAUAUGCUGCUACCUGUUCUUCAAACAGUUUUCCCACUUGAUUAUAUUCUUAUUACAACUAUUGUUAUGUACUUUAUCUUCACUUCAAUGGCAGGGAUUCGAAAUAUGGGUAUUUGGUUCUUCUGGAUAAGGCUUUAUAAAAUCAGACGAGGAAAAACUAGACCUCAAGCACUCUUAUUUCUCUGUAUGAUACUUCUGUUGAUAGUUCUUCAUACAAGUUACAUGAUCUACAGUCUUGCCCCUCAAUAUGUAAUGUAUGGAAGUCAAAAAUACCUGGUACAGAGUAAUAAGACAAUUGAUGGCCAGCCAAAGAAUGUCACAACAUUUGUAUCAAAAGACUGUGAUGCAGAUGCACCUGAAGAUCAAUGUAUUGUUACUCGUACAUACCUUUUUCUUCAUAAAUUUUGGUUCUUCAGUGCUGUCUAUUACUUUGGGAACUGGGCAUUCAUUGCAGUCUUCUUAAUUGGAUUAAUUGUAUCAUGCUGCAAAGGCAAGAAAUCUGUUAUUGAAGGUGAAGUGGAUGAAGAUGAUUCAGACAUGAGUGAUGAUGAACUGUCUGCUUAUUAUUGUUGAUAGCCUUUUGCCUUCGAAAUAGGAAAAUGCAACUUAAUAUUUUGUUGAAAGUAAUAUCCAUAUGGAAUUGCUAUCCAAAUAAACAUCCUUGCGCCUAUAAAAUAGAGGAAAUAAGUGUACUUCCUUAAAUGGAGUCAAAAACUGAAUAUCACUUUUAAAUGUCACUGUAUCAGAGCAAAUUGUGAAACUGAAUUUGAGUAAUAUAUAGAUAACUGUUUUAUGAUGUAUGUGUAACUUUCUAAUGUACAGUUUGAUAAACUGACUGCAAUUAUUUCAUAACUCAUGUUUUUCUCUUAACUUGUGCUGCUUAAAUAUUUUCAUACCAAACUUACAGAGCACAAUUCUUUUAUUCAAGCUUAUAAAUAAAAUGAGCUAAAAUCCUACAAAAACUGGUAUAAACAUUGCUAGAAAGAUUUGUACUGACUUUUCACUUUCAGAUGGAUGCAAUUUCUGCAUUAGUAUUGAUUACACUGGUGGAAUUCCCAUUUAAAACUAUAACUGGUAAGAAACUGUUGUUAAAAUAGACCAGGGACAUGAACUUGAAGUAGCAAGUCCCCAGUAUGUGAAGAAUGUCCUUUUCACUGUUAUCACCACUAAGCUACUGUGGAAUCCUCUAGUAACUAUGAGGUGUCUUUUGCCUUGUCAGAGGAAAUCAUUAGUAUAAAUGACAAUAUUUAUUAUUGUUACAGUGUUUUGGUAUAGUUCAGUUCUGAAGCUGCCACGUGCCAGGCUUAUAACCAAUGAAAAAGUGAAGAUCUGAUUAACUUUCGAUAUUUUUUCUCUGACAUAUUGUCUAGUUUGAAUUUUUCAGUAUUUAACGUGGAUGUUGCCAACUCGUUUAGAAGCCUGUGUUUAUAUAAACACAGUUCAUGAAUGUUUUGUCAUUCAGUCUUUUUAAAAUAAGGUUAGCUACACCAUUACUGAGCUAUUUUUUUGAGGCUGAAAAAGUAUCUUCAGCUAGUCGUUAGUGACAAGUGAAAGAGAAUUAGUACAGAUUUCUAAACGUCUAAUGCUACCUGAAGUUAUAAUCCACACAAGCACAUGAAAUGUAACUUAGAUAAUCUUUUUAUAAAUCAAACUGACCAUUGAACUAUCUGGAAAUUAAGUUCUGCUCAUGUGUUUGCAGACUCUUGAAAACUGACCACCUUCUAAUCCUUUUUUUGAAAUAACAGUAUACCUCUCCUUGCAGUAUUUCAGAACAGCAGACUCUUAAGAACUUCUGAAUUUUAAUUUAGUUCCCGUAUUGUAAGUCUUAAGUGAGUUUAGUUAAUUUGUGUAUACUGGUAAUCAAUACUGGACUCUUGCAGAAACAAAAAACCUGAAUUUCUUAGUAAGUAUUCUGUGCCAACUACUGCAAUAUCCAUGUUGAUGUGGCAACCUGGAUUUUGGAUCCUAAUCAUAAGCUUAACAUAUGUAGUCAAGACUGCUCAACUAAUGGCAACAAAUUUGUUUGCUACCAGUGAGACAUUUGAAAGGUCAGAUAUAUUCAAAUGCUGAGAGCAGGUACUGAAGCUUGAUUAGACAUUCUGUGCUCCCUUUAACUAGAAUGAGCUGAACACUAUUUAAAUAUGACCAUGGGGAAACUUGCAAUGAAUUAUUUAUAAGUAGUUCAGAGGACUCAAAUUGAAUGUGGAGCCUGAUACUGGAUGUCUGGAAACUCCCUACAAGCUACAUAGAGAGGAUAUCGACAAUUUACAGCAAAUGCUGCUUUGGGUACCCUGGUGGAAAAGUUAUGUGAGCUAAUUUAAAUAAAGUCAACUGCUCAAAUGUU